AUGUCGGAUAAAGUCAAAACCUGCAUAGUUGUGUGGAACAAGUUGCUGCAUAAUGUGCUCACUUCCCAUCAGAUCAUACAUCAACAGAUGCAGCUUGUGAAAAACCAGGAAUUGCAAAACAGAACAAGUAUCACAGACUUCAUCCUCCUAGGGUUUGGGAAUAUUGAGGACUUGGACAAUCUCCUCUUCUUUUUAUUCCUAGUCAUCUAUAUCGUGACUGUGUUUGGAAAUCUCCUAAUUGUUGCACUUGUGGUGGCUGAGCAACAUCUCCACACACCCAUGUACUUCUUUCUGGCAAAUCUGGCCUUCUUGGAAAUAUGCUACACCUCAACUAUAUUGCCCAGAAUGCUGGUCAGUUUUCUUACAAGGGACAAAGCCAUUUCUCUUUGGGGCUGCAUUGUGCAGAUGCAUUUCUUUUCGACUUUAGCAGCUACAGAAUGUUACCUGUUGGCAGUGAUGUCAUAUGACCGCUACCUAGCCAUAUGCAGACCAUUGCAUUAUGUCACACUUAUGAAUAACAGAACAUGUAUCGUGCUGGUUUCAAUAUCAUGGGUAACUGGAUUACUACUUAUAACCAUCUUAACAUGCCUGUUGGUGCAACUCACUUUUUGCAGCCAAGAUGCAAUCGAUCAUUUCUUUUGUGAUUUCACACCACUUGUAAGAGUUUCUUGCAGUGACACCUGGGUUAUUGAAACGACAGCUUUCAUUACCUCAUCCAUCGGAAUUCUGCCUACAUUCCUUGUAACUGUAACAUCUUAUGCUUUUAUCAUCAGCACCAUCCUGAAAAUCCCAUCCUUGACUGGGAGGCAAAAGGCAUUUUCCACUUGUUCUUCUCACCUGACCGUAGUUUCCAUUUUCUAUGUAUCCUUAAUGUUUGUCUACAUCUUACCAACAACUGGUAAUUUCAAAGAUCUAAAUAAGAUCUUCUCUUUUUUGUACACAGUCAUAACUCCUAUAGCCAAUCCCUUCAUAUACAGCCUAAGAAACAAAGACGUAAAAGUUAUACUUAGAAAAGCCUUAUGCCAAUUGUUGGAUUUUUCUGGGAUUCAUUGA